AUGGCUCUCGACUGGUUGAAGCCAAAGACCAAGGCCAGCGAAGUCCCCACGGGGAACGACACGGCCUCGGAGAGCGAGUCGGUCAUUCGCGAGGGCAAGCUGGCCUACAUCCGCUUCCAGAGCGGCAAUGAAGCUGGAGCCUCCUACCAGGAAGCCGUCGGUGCGCCCGUCGAGUCCAAAUCGCCCCUGGGGUAUAACGUCAACUGGAUCACCGUCAUCUUCCUCAACGUCAACAUGAUGGUCGGUACCGGUAUCUUCUCGACCCCCGGCAACAUUCUUCGCGCCACGGGCUCCGUCGGCCUCGCUCUCAUCUACUGGGUGAUAGGCUUUCUCAUGGCCGUCGCCGGUUUCAGCACCUACCUCGAGCUGACGGCCUACUUCCCCAACCGCAGCGGUGGCGAGGUCGUGUACCUGGAGCAGGCCUAUCCUCGACCCAAGCACUUUUUCCCCGUCGCUUUCGCCGUCCAAUCCGUCUUGCUCUCUUUUAGCAGCAGUAACGCCGUCGUCCUGUCGCGCUACCUGUGGCGCAUCGUCGGCAGGGAGUCGACCGAAUGGGAGAUGCGUGGUGUGGCCAUUGCCGCCUACACCCUGGCCGUGGUCUGUGUCAUCGCGCACAAUAAGUACUCCCUGUGGGCAACCAACGUAAUCGGCGCUCUCAAGCUCACCCUGCUCAUCUUCAUCUCCAUCACCGGCCUCGUCAUCCUCGGCGGAAACGUCGACCGCGUGCCCGACCCGCAUCGCAACUUCCGCGACGGCUUCCGCGGCACCACCACGGACGGCAAUGAUUUGGCCAGCGCACUUGUCAGUAUCAUCUUCGCUUAUACUGGCUACUCCAACGCUUUCAACAUGGCCAACGAGAUCAAGAGGCCGGUCCAAACCAUCAAACGUUUCGGCUCCGCGUCCCUUGGCGUCGUUUUUGUUCUGUAUUUCCUCUGCAAUAUCGCCUACUUCUCCGCAGUGAGCAAGGAAGAAUUCGCCGAGUCGGGAGAGAUCGCGGCGGCCGUCUUCUUCCGCAGGGCCUUUGGAGAGGGAGCCGCCGAGCAGGCCCUCAACGUCUGCGUGCUUCUCAGCUCUUUCGGCAACCUCCUGGUCGUGCUGAUUGGCCAGUCCCGCACCAUCCGUGAGAUCGGACGACAGGGCGUGCUCCCCUUCACCGAGUUCUGGGUGUCCACUCGACCCUUCGGCACACCUCUGGGCCCGUAUUUCCUCAAAUGGCUCACGACCUUCAUCAUGAUCUGCGCCCCGCCAGCCGGCGAUGCUUUCACCUUCGUGGUUCAACUUAAAACCUAUCCCGACGCCAUGUUCUUUGCCGCCAUGGUGGCCGGUUUGUACCUCAUCCGCCACCGUCGGAAGCGGUCGAAUCAGCCCCAGCCUGAGUUCAAGGCCUGGCACGUCGUCGUCAUUUUCUUCUUGCUGGUGCAGAUCUAUACCUUGGUCAUGCCGUGGUUCCCGCCCGAGGGUGGUCCGUAUGCUGGCGCUGUUAGCUUCUGGUACGCCACAUACUGCGUCGUCGGCAUUGGAAUCAUGAUUCUCUGUGGUAUCUACUACGUCUUCUGGAUGCACGUGCUUCCCAGGUGGCUAGGUUACCGAAUGCGGACUCAAGUCCUCGAGGUUGACGAGGACACGGGAGCCAACACCCACCGCUUAGUCCGUGUCCCGCUCGAGCAACUGGCCGAUUGGGAUGCCACCCACGACGAGACUGGCCGGCUGAAGCGCAGGAACGUCUCGGGAGGUUCAGACGAGUCUUUGCCGGCUGAGGAUAAGGCCGAGACAACAACGACGGCCACUGCCACGGGCAAAGAUGUCUAA